GCAGUGCAAGAUAUUUGCAAGAAAUAUCUCCUGCAACUGCCUGAAAAAAAGACCUGCAUCAAAUAAGCAAUAGCUCACUUUUUCAGUUAAGAAACAUCUACACGAUUCAUUAGAAGCAUAUUUCUCAAUCGCAAGAGGGCUGACGGAUCCUAUAUUUCCGAGACGUGGAACGUUCCAACAGGCUACAUUCUACACCGGUGCGCCGCGCUCAGUCACUCACAGUUUUCAAGACAGACUCGGUGCCGUGCAAGUUUGGACUUCUGCGAAGCACACAACGAUUGGUCUUUGAGGAAUCUGUACAGUUGCAUUUACCGUAUGAAAUGGAUGUUUUUGUGACAGUUUUACUAGUUCUUCUCAUUACGAAACCAGUGGUAGGAUUUGGAAUAGACCCCGGUUUACAAAUUGAUAUCAUCAAUGAACUGGACUUGGCUAACGCAACUUUUGGAAUUACCCAAGUGGCAGGUCUCCACAACAACAGCAAAGCGUUCCUGUUUCGAGAUGUGCAGAGAGCGGUUCAUGCUCCCGCUCAGGUCACCGAGAAGGUGGUUCAGCUGUUCAAGAACAAAAGCGAGUUCACCUUCCUGGCCUCCGUCCAACAGAAGUCAUCGACGUCGGGAGUCAUUCUGUCCGUCCACGAGUCCGAGCACAGCUACUUCGAGCUGGAGAGCAACGGGCUCCGGGAGGAGAUCCAGUACCACUACCGCCACCGGGGGAGGCCGCGCUCCGAGUCCUUCCCCUACCGGCUGGCCGACGGGCAGUGGCACAAGAUCGCCCUGUCCAUCAGCGCCUCCCAGCUGCUGCUGCACGUGGACUGCAGCAGGAUUUACGAGCGCGUGGUAGACCCCCCUCAGAUGGACCUGACCCCGGGCAGCGGAGUGUGGCUGGGGCAGCACAGCCAUAAGCACGGCCUGUUCAAGGGAACGAUCCAGGAUGUGAAAUUCAUUUUUGCUCCGAACGGAUACAUUACGCAGUGCCCCAACUUGAACCGUACCUGUCCAACCUGUAGUGAUUUCCUGAGCCUAGUGCAAGGAAUUAUGGACCUGCAGGAGCUGCUGGCUAAAAUGACCAUAAAGCUGAACUACGCGGAGUCGCGGCUGAGCCAGCUGGAGGGCUGCCACUGCGAGAAGACCUGCAGGGCCAACGGCGCGGAGUACCGGAACAACGAGAUGUGGGUGGAGCCGGAGAACUGCCGGAACUGUGCCUGCAAGAACGGGGUGGUGGAGUGCCGGAGAAUAUUCUGCCCUCCCACAAACUGCUCAGCCGACUCGCUUCCCGUGCGCGUGGAGGGCAAGUGCUGCAGGAAGUGCAGGCCGAAAUGUACCUACAAGGGCAAAACCUUCGCGGAGAGACAACGGGUUUCGAUGGAGAGCUGUCGAGAAUGCAAGAACGGAAUGAUGGUCAAAGUAACGGAGAAGUGCCCGGUGCUCAACUGCACAGUGAACGAGCAGAUCCUUCCGGAAAACAGAUGCUGCAACGUCUGCAGAGGCCACGACUUCUGUGCAGAGGGAAUGUACUGCGGGGAGAACUCCGCGUGCAAGAACCUGGAGGCCAAGGCGCUCUGCGAGUGCAAGAGCGGCUUCGCCUCCGUCCACGGAGACUCCGCCUACUGCGAAGACAUUGACGAGUGCGCGACCCAGAUGCACUACUGCCAUGACAACACCGUGUGUGUGAAUCUCCCUGGGGCCCAUCGCUGUGACUGCCUGCCAGGAUUCACCAGAGUGGAUGAGUACUCCUGCACAGAACAGGACGACUGCGCCAGCGGGAAGCACUCCUGCGACGAGAACGCCAUCUGCACCAACACCAUCCGCGGCCACCUGUGCACCUGCAAGCCGGGCUACGUGGGCAACGGCACGCUCUGCAGAGCUUUCUGCGAGGAGGGCUGUCGCAGCGGGGGCACCUGCGUCUCCCCAAACACCUGCCUGUGUCCCUCCGGCCUCACGGGGCGCCGCUGCGAGAAGGACAUCGACGAGUGUGCGGAGGGCCUGGUCCAGUGCCACAACCACUCGCGCUGCGUCAACCUCCCCGGCUGGUACCACUGCGAGUGCCGGAGCGGUUUCCAUGACGAUGGGUCCUACUCGCUCGACGGGGGGUCCUGCGUCGACGUUGAUGAGUGUGCCACGCAGACGCACACGUGCCUGAGCGACGCGGCCUGCCUGAACCUACCGGGCGGGUUCGACUGCCUGUGCCCCGCGGGGCCCGCCUGCAGCGGGGACUGUCCCCACGACGACGGCCCCAAACACAACGGCCAGGUGUGGACCCUGCAGCAGGACCCCUGUUCCGUCUGCACCUGCAAGGACGGGCAGACCUUCUGCCGGCGGGUGGCGUGCGACUGCCAGAGCGCCGGCGUGGACCUGUCCUGCUGCCCCGAGUGCGACGCCCGCCAGGGCAGCCAGUGCCUGCACCAGAGCGGCCACACGCUCUACCAGAGCGGCGACACCUGGAUCUACAGCUGCCAGCAGUGCCGCUGCCUGGAGGGGGAGGUUGACUGCUGGCCCCUGGCCUGCCCCGCCCAGUCCUGCGAGUACACCGCCGUGGGGGAGGGGGACUGCUGCCCCCGCUGCGUCGCCGAUGCCUGCCUGGCCGACAACAUCGCCUACGAUGUCCGGCAGACGUGCGCCGACCCGUCCGGCCUGCAGCGGCUCGGCGGCUCCGUCUGGACCCUGCCGGGGUCGCCCUGCACCACGUGCACCUGCAAGAACGGGAGAAUCUGCUGCUCCGUAGACUUCGAGUGUCUGCAGAACAACUAGACCCGGCUGCACCCAAACCAUCUCUCCCCCAGGAGGGCGGGAGGAGGCGCUCAUCCGGUUUCAGACAGAUUCAGCUCCAGUUCGUUUUUUUUUAAUUUUAAUUAGAUUUUGCUUUAUGCCAGACUGCUGCCAGAUUCUCCGCCACGAGAAAAGGUGCCAGAACUUUUUUUCUGUUCCGACACUCUGGCGCCCGGAAGAGGCUGUGGAGGGGGGGGAAGAGGUGGGAAAAAAAAAAAAAGUCUCUGUCGCCAUGGGAGACGGACGUCGCCUACACAUCGCCUCGCCGUUCCUAGCUUUCAUCGUUCGCGGAUCUUAUUUUUUUUUUCGAAAGAGGACGCAGUGACAUUUUGACAUUUUCCCGAUCUUUUUAAUUUUUUUCCACGCGGCAAAUGUGAAGCGUCGCCCUCCGCCUCCUUCAGCUCACGGUCCGGGCUUCGACUGUGAGACGCUGCGGUGCGUCCUCCACGAUGUCGGGGUGUUCACACCUUCGCUUGUCUUUAAGACUGCAGCGGAGAAAAAGCCGCAUUCGCGUUUCUGCAAGAGCUUGCUUUAUCCACAAAAUCACUCUUUCCCCCCCCCCCCCCCCCGACUGAGCUAAAGACACUUAUAUUGUUAAAAGCCCCCAAAAAAAGGCAUGUUCGGCAUGCUAAAGAGAGAACAAACAGGACCUGUUUGCAAAACGCUACUCAGCAGUACUGUUUCUCCCUCCCCUCUCCCCCCCCAAAUCCUCAACACGAGUAGACUUUCGAUGGAAAAGACGAGGUACCUCGAGUUUGAAAGGCCAUUAGCAUAUUACAGACUCAAAACGACAUGGCUGUAUAGUCCCAUGUAAUUAACAUAGUUAAAGAAGUGGGAGUCUACCACUGGGAAAAAAGUUUGGGAGUUCUCGGUCUUGUUUGCAUAUCGACAGCCUUGAAGGAUUCUGGCCUGUUGACCUGCAUCGUCUCCCCAUGGUUCCACAUACAGAGAGCUCAGAAGACACGCUCGGGGAGGAUAACACCGAAGCUAAGACUGUGACGUUUCCGCUGAGCCCGGUGUAAUACUGUUUGCCGUGCGCCUUCGUGUACGUUGGAGAAGGGGAAAGAAGCCGUUCGCUCACUGUGUAUAGCUGCCAACCUUUUCACUUCUGUAGCUGUCUUGAAUCUUUGUCGUUCUGAAUGUUUUGUCGUAACUCACCUGAAAAUGUUUUAGUCCGCACACCGGAGUUAUGAAUUGAACGUGAUGUCCCGGAGAUGGUCCACAUUUAACCGAAAAUUAUUGCGUAAUUCAUCUCGAGAGCUGUGAGAUAUGACAGGUAACGGGUUUUUGUGCAGGUACUUGUGUACGAGUCAGAAGGUUCCGACGACGCUAUGAGGCAAUACUCAACGGCUUGCUCGUAGUUUCAUUUCAUACCUGUGGGUCCGCGCUACGUCUGAAAAUCUCUGCCGUGGGCCUGAAUUUUGUAACUCAUUACGACCCCCAGUGGUUCGGUUAGCUGGGUGGUACGAAACUGUGCGAACGUCACCUCGACCGGUCGCUGCAACCCGGGGACACCUCUCAGCAUUCGUUGGGCCCCGGGUGCGAUGCAGCUGUUGGCGUCCUGUGGGGUCCUCCAGACACAGGCUGUCCGUUCGGCUCGCCGCGGGUCCUCCCCGUGCGCUUUCACACAGCGGGCCGAGCUCGCUCGCUCCGCUGCGCACUGGCGCGCACUGGAACGCAGAGCUAGUUAGCCGCCGUCGUCGUCGUUGUUGUUGAGUGAUGUUUCGUGGGACCUGUAAUGGGCGGGGCUGCAAUGAGCCGUCAAUCGCAGGCUCGUCCGUACGAAUCAACGGCGUCGCCGAUCCGUGGCGUAGGACGAGGGUUUGCUCAAGUCGGCGAGUCGCUGAUAGCGUGGGGUAGCUUAGCUCGCUCUCCGAUCGAUGAAACGUUCCCCCGUUUUGGCGGGAAAAAUGGGUUUCCGUUGCGCGAGCUCCUCUCCUCAACAGCACGGUUCUUUAACGGUCGUGAAAAGUGCACGUGGAAGGGCGACGGUUCACCAACGCGGUGUAACUGCAUCACCUUUCGGGGCUUAGAACGGCUUUCUGUGAGACUAGAAGGGUCAACGAAGACUUUAAGACCACCAUCUUAUUCUGGAAACUUCUAUGUGAAUGUCCCUGCAACGUACAGAAAUUAUUACAUUUCUGUUAUUUUCCGGUUUAUGUGCUAAUUACUUUUUGUGGAACAGUUUUUGUUUUUCCUGUUCUUUUCUGUAAAUAAAGUGUAAAGUGUGGGAUAUACAUAAAGAAAUAAUAGGUUGGAGGAAGGAAAUCUUACGAUACAGCAUUCUUAGGUCCAAAGCCACAGAAUUUAACAGUACGGGAAAAGAUUUAUUUUAUUUGUAAUUACAACAAAUGCUUUGGACUUUUCUUUUUUUAAUUUCUAUUCUUGCCUUAACCCUUUUCGUAUUUGUCAGCGUCUGUAAAGACCUUCAUUGCCAUUAUCCAACAGCAGGGAAAUUUUGCAGUGUAAAAUGACAUCAUGCAAAGAAAUACCAUGAAAAUGGGUUGUUUCAGUUUUUACCUUUGUAUCCAAGUGUAGAAAUAGGAUUUUUAUUUUCAGAAUUAUAUGGUGUAUUAUAUAGAAUUGCUUACACUGAGUGUACAUUUGAAAAAAAAGUAUAUUGUGUAAAUGUUUCAAUCAGUCACAAAAUUGGUCUUUAUACCAUAAGAUACUAGAAUAUAAUGUACAGGAUUAAAACUUGUUCGCCUCAAAUUUAAUAAUUCACUUUAUUUCUGUCAGAAAUAAUUUUGGUCACCUGUGUCAAAUUUGCUUGCCUUUUGUUUUUAAGGUAUGUUCUCAAUGAACCAUAGUUUGUAUCGUUAUUGCCUCAAAAUGAAACACCACCAUAAUUGUACUUAAAGGGUUAAGUGUCAGUUGACUUGAAGACUGUGUUGUGAUAGAGUUCUCUGUAAAUGAUUAAGUUAAUAAAUAUUUUAGUUGUUUACAUUAA